CGAUUCUUUUCUGGAUUGGAGUCGGUUGGUUUGAACAGAAUCGUUCGGAGUGAACCGACUCGUGAGUGAAUCGCGGCUCUGAUGCAGCCCGGAGAGGAGCGGAGAUGGGAGCGGACUCUGCUGCUGCUGCUGCUGCUGCUGCACCUCUCAGGUUCUCGGGAUUUGGGCUUCAGUCUCACAUCGGAACCCCGAACGCGACUGGAUUUAGCAGCAUGCGGGUGUGACCGGUGCUGCGGGGGCUCCGGUGUGUCGGUGUGGUGGCUGGAGGACGGACUCGGACUCGGGUUCGGUGUGCGCGCUAAUGCACCGUCGUUUUCCCGACAUGACACCGAUGUAGGAUCACUCACGCGCCGCCGUUAUUUAUAGAGCUGAAGCGGAAUAUCGGUGCACAGGAGCAUCAUCACCACCAUCAUCAUCAUCCUCACCAUCCUCCUCAUCAUCAGCACGGAUUGAAACCAUCAGUUCUGUACAGAGAGGAUCUCACACACACACACACACACACACACACACACACACACACACGUUAAGGAUGCUCGGGCUGUAACACACUCUCCAUGAUGGGGAAGGACCAGGAGCUGCUGCAGGCCGUGAAGACCGAGGAUCUUCUAACCGUGCAGAAACUCCUGCAGAGGCCCAAAGCCGGCAAAGCGAAGCUGCUGGGUUCAGCCAAGAAGGUCAACGUGAAUUUCCAGGACACGGACGGGUUUUCGGCGCUGCAUCAUGCCGCCCUCAACGGAAACCUGGAGCUCAUCUCACUGCUGCUGGACUCUCAGGCCAUGGUGGACAUCAGAGACCAGAAAGGUAUGCGUCCUCUACAUUACGCGGCGUGGCAGGGUCGGUCUGAACCCAUGAAGAUGUUGUUAAAAUCCAGUUCCUCGGUGAACUCUCAGUCUGAUGAUGGACAGAUUCCUCUACACCUGGCAGCACAGCAUGGACACUAUGACGUGUCGGAGAUGUUGCUGCAGCAUCAGUCGAACCCGUGUAUCGUGGAUAACGCAGGAAAGACUCCGCUGGAUCUGGCCUGUGAGUUCGGGCGAGUCGGGGUGGUGCAGCUGCUCCUCAGCAGUAACAUGUGUGCGGCUCUGCUGGAACCCAAACCCGGAGAUUCGACCGAUCCUAACGGGACGAGUCCGCUUCACCUGGCAGCUAAAAACGGCCACAUCGACAUCAUCAGGUUAUUGAUCCAGGCUGGCAUUGACAUUAACAGGCAGACGAAGGCGGGCACUGCCCUGCAUGAGGCCGCUCUGUGUGGAAAGACAGACGUGGUGCGCCUCCUGCUGGAUAGCGGCAUCAACGCGACGGUGAGGAACACGUACAGUCAGACGGCGCUGGACAUCGUGUACCAGUUCACCGCCACGCAGGCCAGCCGAGAGAUCAAACAGAUGCUCAGAGAUGCCUCUGCGGCUCUGCAGGUUCGAGCUCUAAAGGAUUACUGCAACAACUACGACCUGACCAGCCUCAACAUUAAAGCAGGAGACGUCAUCACGGUGUUGGAGCAGCACUCUGAUGGACGGUGGAAGGGCUGUAUCCAUGACAACCGAACAGGAAACGACCGAGUGGGCUACUUCCCUUCCAGCAUAGUGGAGGUGAUUAGCAAGAGACCUGGGGCCACAGGUGGAGAUCGCAGCAGCAGCGUGAGCAGUUCCAGCAGCGCUCGAUCUUCAGGCAGCGGCCAGAGCAGCACCAACAUCCUUCACGCCCAGGCUGAAGGAGUCAAGCUUCUGGCUACAGUUCUGUCCCAGUCAGCAAAGGCUAAAGAACAUCUACUGGAACAGUCCAGAUCUGUGGAGUCUCCACCCAGCACUAAUAAAGUUCCCACUUCGAGGAGUCAGAGUGUGUCGAGUUGUCCCAUCCACGAACCUCAGUACAACGACAGGAAGGGUGAUGACGGAAAGAGCUCUGAGGCGGUUGUUGAGUGGUUGAGUGAGUUUCAGCUGCAGCUCUACGCUCCUCACUUCAUCAGCGCCGGCUUCGACAUUCCAACCAUAAGCACAAUGAGUCCCGAGGAUUUAACGGUGAUCGGCGUAACUAAACCUGGUCACCGUAAGAAGCUUCUCUCAGAGAUGAAUAAGCUGAGUGUAACAGAGUGGACUCCUGAGCACAAACCUGCGAAUCUGUGUGAGUGGCUGAACAUGAUGGGGCUGGGUCAGUACCACCAGGUUCUGGUGAAGAACGGCUACGAGAACAUCGAGUUCAUCACCGACAUCACGUGGGAGGAUCUGCAGGAGAUCGGCAUCACCAAACUCGGUCAUCAGAAGAAGCUCAUGCUAGCAGUGAAGAAACUGGCUGAGAUCCAGAAAGGCUCCGACACCAGAAACAUGACCCGUAAGAAACCUCAGGGCUCGUCGUCCACCGACGGUCCGACUCCGGACGGCACCGAGCGCCCCCCGGGUCCCAACGCCCUCCAGGACGGCGAGCCGUGUCCCGAGGUUCAGGACGGUCCGGAACGGGAAGCGCGGACCGUUCGUCAGAACAGCGGCGGAGGACAAAGAGGAAGCGUUCACUCGACCAAUCAGAAACCUCGCCAGCCUUACCCACAAUCCCCCGGGCCACCGUAUACCCCACCGCAAACUCCCACCAAAACGAAACCUCCUGCGGCGCAGACGCCACCGAAGAACGGACUGGAGAAACCGGCCUCGCCCCGCCCCCUGCCUCACUCUCCCACGCCCAGAGCGCACCAGGAACCCGGGAGGAAAGAGGCGCAACCCGAACCAAAGGAAGUGACAUCGCAGUCGGCGGCGCCGCCCUCCGUACCGACGCUAUGCCUACCGCCGGAGGGUGAGAACCUCGCGGAGCGCGACGAAGAACUGAGCAAAAAACGAACGCACAGCCUGAGCCGCUACGACGCCCAGCAGGACCGCAACGAAGCCGACGCGGCGAACGCUAACGCACCGCGCCGGGUCAGCCGCAGCAACUCGGUCCGGAACCAGAGCGAGAAGAAGAACGAGAAGAACGAGAAGAACGCGAGCCGAGGCGGCCAGGCCAUCACGCUCAGGCAGAAGAAGAAAGGACCGCCGCCGCCGCCGCCCAAACGCUCCAGCUCCGCCAUCUCCAGCUCCAACACCAACCUCAACGAGCCGCCGCGAGAGUCCGGGACCGCCGGGAACCUGCUGGACGUCAACUACAACCCGCAGAGACGGGCCAGCGCCGUGGAGACGGGGGGAGGCGGAGCUGUGGAGACAAGCAGCGUGGGCAGCGUGAGGAGCAUCGCUGCCAUGCUGGAGAUGUCCUCCAUUGGGGGCGGAGCCAAAGGACUCGCCAUGCAGAGAUCUACAGGCUGCCAUCUACAGGUGGCUUCAGCAGGAGGGAGGCAGCACGAUGCCAUCGGUCUGGACGGAGAGGUCAUCAACCGGCGCAGGACCAUCAGCGGCCCGGUCACCGACCUCGUGGCCGCCGCCAAGAAGAAAUCCCAACAAGCCGAGCCGGUACCGGUCCAAACCAGAGCGCAGAACCAGAACCAGUCUAAACCGCCGGCGGAGAACCCGCCCAUCGCCGAGGACCCCAACCAGAACGCCAAACCCAGGCCCCGACAGGGCGAGGACGGCACGGACGCCCCAGACGCCCCGGACCCUCCCGUCCCGCCCCGGGACGACAGCGUGACCGUGGACCCUGCUAAAAGGAAGACCUGGACCUCCAAACCUCCUCCGGACGAGGCCAGAUUCCACCUGAUCGAGUCCAACACGGUGAAGCGGCGACCCAAGGUCCGGGAGAAGGAGUCGGAGGACGAGACGGUUUACCAGAACGGAACCGGUACCAUCAAGAGACGCCCGGUUUCCGAGGUGACCGUCUCCGAGCAGCCCAGGUCGGUGGAGAAGCAGGCGGAGAGCGCCCCCCGGAGGGAGAAAUCCGACCUGGGGGGGCAAAACACGCCGGGAAAACCGGCCAAACCCCCGGUGUCUCCCAAACCCGUCGUCCAAGACAUGAGGAGACACGACGCUCCGGCCGCAGACACCAAAAAAGGGGCGUUUCCUGGAGCUCCUGGCAGCCCAGGUACUACCCAGUGUGGCCCUUUCUCUUGCCCUGUCUUUACCCAAUUAUUUGAAGGGAAGAAGGUUCCUCCUCCGGUGUCUCCCAAGCCCGCGCCUCCUCCCACGGCUCCCAAACCCAGCAAGACCCUCAUCCAGAAAGCGGCUGUGACCUCACCGGUGUCUCCGGGCACCCAGACCGCCGCGCUACCCGUCGCGCCCCCCAACGCCGCCAGGACGCCCACGUCUCCGGCUCAGAGCCCGCAGACUCCCAUCACGCCGCCCAUCAAACCGCCGCGCUCGUCCAUCGGGGGCGUGUCCAUGGACAGCGGGGGCGGGGCUUCGACGGCGCCGGUGGACGUGGAGACGGUGCAUCAGAAGAUCGAGGAGACCAGCGCCUCGCUGGCCGCCGCCCUGCUGGCCGUAGAGGAGAAGAUCAAGGAGGAUCGGAACAAAGACUCGGUGGCGGAGAACAAGAGCACAGUGAGCAUCCUGGACGACAUCGGCAGCAUGUUCGACGACCUGGCCGAUCAGCUGGACGCCAUGCUGGAGUGACGAGCACAAACCCGGCGCGCAGAGUCCCCCCCGCGUCCGCCCCACUCCCCCCCGGCCCCUACCUACGUUCCGCCGUCGGCACCCUUCUACGGGAGGAGCGACUUCAGUCCGUGAAGCACGGACCGUCUCGAGACGUCGCCCCCGGCCCGUCGCGAGCCUCGCCCGGCCGCCCCGCCCCUGUACAUGAAACCACGCCGAUGGUUAUUGACGAUUGUUGAUUAUUAUGGUCUGUGUACAUUGUGUAAGCAUGAGGAAACGUUUCUAAUCUCUAAGCA